GUUGCAUCACAACGCCAUGACUAGGAAGAAGGUAAAACUUGCUUUUAUCUCUAAUGAUUCGGCAAGAAAGGCAACCUACAAUAAAAGAAAAAAGGGUAUCAUCAAGAAGGUUAGAGAACUCACCAUUCUUUGUGGUAUUCCAGCAUGUGCUAUAAUUUCCAAUCCUUUUAGUUCCAAAACAGAGGUGUGGCCAGAUCUAGAGGGGGCCAGACAGGUGAUUGAAAGGUACCAGAACUCAUCAGUGAAAGAUGAAACAAAGAAUAUGAACCAAGAGAGUUUCCUAUUACAAAGGAUUACUAAAGCCAGAGAGCAACUUCAAAAGCAAAGCCAUGACAGUCGUGAGAAGGAGCUGAACAAUCUUAUGAUUGGGUGCAUGAAAAAUAGAAAGCUACCAGAUGAAUUGUCUGUUUCUGAAUUGAAAGACUUUGAUAAGCUUAUUGAGAAAAUUCUGAAGGAUAUGGAUAACAAGAUUGAUGCACUCGGUUGAUCAAAUUAAUUUUUCUUAAACUUAAGAGACUUUAUGU